AUGGGUACCAACUUCACUGAUUUCGAGUCCGGUCAUCGGGACUUGGUCACAGUCACAAAAUUCAAUUUCUACGGCAAUCGCAUUGUCACAGGGUCUUCAGAUCAUCGAUUGAAAGUCUGGGACCAGAAGGAUGGCCAGUGGCAAUUGACCGAUACUUGGCGUGCUCAUGACGCGGAGAUUCGAGAUGCGACAUGGAAUGGCCCUUUCUCUGGGCAGCACAUUGGCAGUGUGGGCGAAGAUAUGCGACUUAAAAUCUGGCAAGAGGACGUCACGCAACCGCCAAAUUCGGGACGUCGGUUUAAGUCAAUAUAUCGCCUGUCGGCACCGCAUAGAGUCCCCUUUGUGUCCUUAGACUUUCGCAAUGUUGACCUGGAUACAUGGCUAGCUCUCAUAACCAGAGAUGGAUAUCUCAUGGUAAUGGAGCCAGUCAUGCCGGAUUCGCUGGGGGAUUGGCAGGUACUCGAUCAAUUCCGAGUUUGCACUGCGCCGUCGCGAGGGGAAGAGACUAGCUUUCGGGUGCAAUUCCACCACGACUCGUUUGACGCUACGCAUCCCUUAAAACCUGACGGUGACCGUAAAAGCUUGUCUCUGGUUGUGGCAGCUAUGGAUACCGUAAAAAUCUACCGAACUGACUCCAGCCGCCGGUUUUAUCACGCUAUUGAAUUAACUGGGCACGGUGGCCUCGUUCGGGAUAUUGCGUGGGCCAAUGGCUCGGUGCGGGGGUACGAUCUUAUUGCGAGCGGGUGCAAGGAUGGAUUUGUUCGGAUAUUCGAGGUUUAUACAUCAUUGUCAGGUAAUGGAACACAUGGCAAUAGUCGCAAUUCCCAGACUUCAGCGCCGUCGCCUUCUCAACGCGCCACAGCACAGUCGGGGAUUGGCUCUGCACUGGCCAAUCGAGUUCCACAGUCUGUAGCUCAUCGACAAGCAAACGUUGACAGCCCGUUCCGACACGAAUUUCGGGAAGUGGCCUGCAUUGACAGUCAUCAUCUAGAUGUUUGGCAGGUGCAAUUCUCGUUCGCCGGUGACUGCUUGAUAUCUUCUGGCGACGACGGCAGUGUACGGUUCUGGAAAAAGGCCCUCACUGGCGAAUGGCUAGAAUUUGCCGAGACAGAUAUGACAGAUGAUCAGACCUCAACCCUCUUGUCCACACAGCACAAAAUCAUGUCUGAGAAGCACACCCACGAUGACGGCCUACCUGGUCCAUCGAAACGCCCGCGCACAGAGAUCGAUGACCUUCGAGAUGACUUCGAGUCCUUCAAAGAGGAAACUACAAGUCAGCUAGCAGGUAUCCUAGCCUUGCUUGAGAAAAUACAAGGGGUUCCCGACACCAAACAAGACAUCGAAAAAGAGACCAAAGAAGAACCGGCCAAGCAUCAAAAUUCCAGCUUUGAUCAACUUAAGCCACAAUUGAAAAUUGGCUACAUUAACCAGAAUGACAAUACUGUAUCCGAGCCAAAAGCAUUCUGUUUUCUCAAGAGCGAGUUGACCUUCCUCAUUACUCCUGAUCUCCCUUUUCGCCUACCAGAGGGACGCUAUCCUGGUGAAGACCUACUUUUGGUACCAGGAGGCACGAUUCUCGAUUCUGAGGCUUCUACGGGUGAAAUCAACGCUCCAGACGCACAGAUAGCUUACGCAGACUUCGACCCCGCCACGGGAAAAGAGUUGCAGAAAAAGGACAGUCACAUGUGGUAUGACAAUAACGAGCUGCAAGGUCUUGGUCGGAAACACCUUGAAAAGCAGGAUGCCGCAGCCAGCAAAGAGCUUUCAUUGCAUAUGGCCAAGCUAAUAGAAUGGAUGCAAAAACACAGGAACCGGGAAUGGAGGGCAUUCUGCCUCGCGCGGCAGCACCAUGUAAUGAUCCACUGGUCUAAAGCCGCUCGGUACGACGAAAUCAUGGCAGCUGAGAAAGACUCCAGCUUGCUUAGCCCUCACGAGUGGCUGGCCGCCAACGAAAAAGGGUAUAGCCUAAAUGAAGAACUUUGA